AGAGUGAUAAUUGUCUAGAGAGAGAAAGCAGUUUUUCCAGCCUGUACUCUGUGUCUUCGAUGGCGCAUUCCUACCGGAAUUCGCCCGCUGUUUCUAGUUUUCGAUCCCCGGUGAGCUCUAGUUCCUUGCCCACUGUUCGCCCAAGCUCAAUUUCCACCAAAUCGCCAUCGGUGGAAAUGCUCCGUGCGAAGUUGAAUGCUGAAAUUGAGUCGAUUACAGGUGUUCCGGCGCACCCACUGCCCUCCGCCUCCACAGUCGUGCAGCGCUUGGCUACUCAAAUUGAUGCUCCGAUAGCUCCAACUAUUGCCCGAAAUUGCCCAUUUCUUGGGCUGAUCUUGUUUCCGCUAAUUCUAACACAGGAUGGUGCCAAAUCUUGGGAAGAUUGUUUGGUAGGGGUUUUCUUGGGUAUUUCUUCUCCAAACUAUGGUGAUAUUGUGCACACGGUUAAUAAGCUUUGGGGAAGAAAAGGGAAAAUUGUAGUUACAGGGGUAGGGAACAACACAUACCUGUUCAAGAUUUCUGAUCCUGCAACUAGGGCUUGGGUACUGCGAUCAAAAAUCCCUUGGCAUGUGAAUCAUAAAAUCUUGCAUCUUCAACAAUGGGAGCCAAACAUUGAGUUAAGCAAGAUAAAACCCACAAAAAUGCCUCUUUGGGUAAAGAUAUGGAACGUACCUAUGACUUUGUAUACUCCUCAUGGGUUAGCCUAUAUUGCAAGUGCAGUAGGAAUACCUGUCUCUUUAGACAAAACUACAGAGCAGCGAGCCCACCUUAAUUUUGCACAAGUUUGUGUGGAGGUUGAUUUUGAUACAGUUGGGACUCUUCUUGAGUCUGUUUUUGUUGAUAAGGAUGACGAAUCUUCUGUUGAAGUAAUGUUUGAAUACCCAUGGCUACCAUUGCCUACUUCCAUGGUAGAUUUUCUUCAGCAACCUAUCACGAAUUUAGAGAUCAAAGAGGUAGUUUUUUCUAGCCCUAGAAACAAAGCCCCUGGUCCAGAUGGAUAUACUUCAGAGUUUUAUAAAGCAGCUUGGCCUGUAGUGGGUGAUCUGGUUACUAAAGCUAUUCAGGAAUUUUUCUCCUCUGGAAAGAUAUUAAGAGAGAUGAACUCCACUAUCAUUUCUUUAGUGCCCAAGGUUCUGAACCCAGUGAAGAUGAUAGAGUUCAGACCCAUAGCUUGCUGUAAUAUAUUGUACAAGUUUAUAACAAAAAUCCUGGCUAACAAGCUCAAACAGACUCUUCCCCUCUUUAUUAGCAAGAACCAAUUUGCUUUUGUGGAAGGGAGACAAAUGGUAGAAAAUGUCCUACUUGCCCAGGAAGUUGUAAAGCAUUACCACAAGCCACAGCUUAGCCCUCGAUGUGCAUUAAAGAAAGAUUUGAUGAAGGCCUUUGAUUCUGUCUCAUGGGACUUUAUCUUUCAAGUUUUGAUAUCCUUGGGAUUCCCUGCUUAUUUUGUCAACCUGCUCAAGAUCUGCAUCACUACUCCUAUGUUUUCAAUUGUUUUUAAUGGCAAUUUAUGUGGCUAUUUCUCAGGGAAAAAAGAGACAAGUGAGCACUUGUUCUUUAAAUGCAACUACACACAGAAGAUCUGGAAAACCCUUAGUGCUAUGGCAAGCAUUCCCCUAACUAAUUCAUGGCAGGGUCUAUUGCAUUGGAUGGGGAAAAAGGUCAGUAGAAAGUCCUUGCAGAAUACUCUUGUUAAGUUAGCAUGGAAUGCAGCAGUGUACCACACAUGGAGGGAAAGGAACAGGAGGAUCCAUCAAAAACAUUUUAAAGCUGAAGAUGAGAUUGUCUACGAAGUUCAGUUUGAUGUAAGGUGCAAAAUCUUGGGAUUUGCUCAACCAAAGUCUUCUCCCUUGCCUAUGAAUAUUGCUAAGCAAUGGGGCCUGGAAGAUGUCGUGAAGGAAUAGAUUGGUGUAGUUUUGUUAGUUUGUUUUGAGAGAAUGUAUUCUUGGUAGCAGCUAAUUUGCUGCUUAAUUGUAUAAUUAGUUUAUGGAUAAUAAAUUUCACAUUUUAUC